AUGUCUGAGUUUCUAUUGAAACUAUGGCUGUUGGCAUCCAGCAUAAUAAUGAUAGCAUCUGCUGUUUCCUAUUACUUCAACCGAAGCAGCAAGCAACCUUUAACAGGCAUCCCAUGGCUCAACACCAAAGAAGGUGAACUAUUUACCAUACUGAGAUCACGAUUUCGCUCACUCGCCAAUUUCAAGCAGACCAUUGAUGCCGCAUAUGAAAAAUAUUCCAAGCAGGAGUUGUCAUGCAUUCUACCAAGUCUUGCUGAUGCAACGAUUCUACUCCCUGUCUCGCAUAUCACCUGGCUUAUCAACCAACCAGAGACUGUCUUAAGCGCCACUGAACCUCAUGUCGAACAGCUACAAACACAGUUUACAUUUGUACAUCCUUGGAUUGUCCAAAAUCCCGUCCAUCACGAUGUUAUCACGACGGAGCUCACACGCCGGAUAAGCUCUCUAACGACGCCGAUUAUGGAGGAAAUCGCUGCAGCAUUCGAUGAAUUAUGGGGAACGGACACCGUUGUGUGGAAGGAUGUGUGUGUUUUCGACACUAUCAUGCAGGUUGUCGCUCGAGCCAGCAAUCGUGCUUUUGUUGGCCUUCCCUUGUGUCGCAAUCAAGCCUUGUUGGAUCAUGCUAAGGGAUUCGCCCAAGCUGUACCCUUAGCUGCAGUUGUCCUCUGUCAAUUGCCUGCCGUUAUUCGACCAGUGGCAGCAUCAUUCAUUGCUCACCCUAACCGAAAGCACACCAGGGGUUUUGCUAAAAUUCUCCACCCAGAGAUCGAACGGCGGAAACGUCUGCUUGAUGCACCAAAUGGCAAGGUCGAAAAGAAGAUUGGUGAUGCCGAAUCGAAUGACUUCCUACAAUGGUCAUUGGCUCGAGCGCGCAGCAAUUCUCAGAGGGCAGAGUACGACUCUGAUAUCAUAGCCGAGCGGCUGCUCGCACUGAAUUUCGCUGCCAUCCAUACAUCGACCUUCAGCAUGACAAACGUCAUCUUUGAUCUACUAGCCGCUACAUCGUCCCAAGACUACCUCUAUCAACUCCGACAUGAAGCCAAUACGGCACGUGAGUCCAACAAUGGCGUCUGGACCAAAAAAGGGCUUUCGAAAAUGUAUAAGAUGGACUCUGCCUUACGAGAAUCCACACGACUUGGCUCCUUCCUCGGUAAGGGGCUAGUACGCAAGGUCAUGGUACCCCAUGGCCUUACUACCCCUAAUGGAACUCACUGUCCAUAUGGAAGCAUGAUAGCCGUACCUAGUAACGGUGUGCAUAACGACCCAGAGUAUUAUCCAGAUGCCGCCGUAUUCAGGCCCUUCCGGUUCUCCUCUGAGCGGCUGUCCAAUGGCACUGAAGAAGACGAUGUCAGCUCUGAAGAUGAGAGGACACACUCGGACGGCUACAUUCGCAAAGCAAACUUGAGCUUUGUGAGCACAUCACCUUCCUACCACCCCUUCGGCCAUGGCCGACAUGCCUGCCCAGGACGAUUCUUUGCUGCGAACGAGUUGAAGCUGAUGCUUUCGUACAUGCUACUGAAUUACGAGUUCGAAUCACUCGGCGAGAGACCAGAGAGUAAAUGGAUCGGCUCAAGCCUGGUGCCGCCAAUGAAUGCAACAAUAAAAAUUCGAAGAAAGGCAUUUACAUCUUGA